CAAAGAGUGAAGAUAGUGCCACUUGCCAAACGAGGCCUUCCGUCCGAACCUUUUCUCUUCUCUAUUUGGCAAUGAACUGUAUAUUCUGUUCCUUCACUCUCGUGGCGAAACCAAGCGAUCGAUUCGAUUUGGGUUUUUCCAGUAAAUUCGAAGAUGGCGAUGUCUCGAGUUCCGGUUGAUCACGUUUCUCCGCAAUUGGUUGAUUGAUCAAUAGAGGCGAACUUCCCAUGGCCGAGACUUCGAGGCCUCGAGUUACAAUCACUUUGGGUCGGAGUGGUCAGGUGGUGAAGAGGGCAGGACCAGCAUUAGACAGCGAUUUUUCUGAUUCUCGGCCUGGGCACAGAAAUAAACGGUCAGUUAGAGAUAGGCUUGGAAGUGAUGUUGAUAGAACCCAUUUCAGCAACAAACGGCAAAGGGGAGAUGCUAAUAUGCUGAGCAUGAAUGGUGGUAAUGGUGCAUAUGAUACACUCCUUGGCAAAGAUGACCUUCGAUACAAACUCAUCCGGAAAAAUGUACUUAAGCGAGUGGAAAGUGAUGUAAUGGGGGAUAGGAUGGACCUACGUGAGACACUGUCUAGGCCAGUCCGUCCUAACACAACUAGUCUCAGUAUGCGGCAGAGAAUGGCUGAGCCAACAGAUCCUAGGUAUCUUGUGCCUGAGCGAAAGGAUACAAGCAUAUUGGGGCAAAUUCCUUCAACAAGAAGUGCAGAUGCCUUGCCCAAGAUGGACUCGUUGAGAAAUUCUUAUUCACCUUGGAAUCUGGAUCAGUUAAGGCAAAGAUCGCCAGAUAAAAUUUCACAUACUUCGAGGAUUCUCUCACCUCAGAAAAAUCAGGAAGAAAUUAUGAAAAGACCGUUAAUUAGGACAUAUGAUGAUGCCAGAACAGUCCCGUAUACGAGCAGAGAUAUUCUUGAACCUGGAAGGCAUUUGGCUACUGCAUCUUCACCUUAUAUGACAAGACUGACUAGUGCCACUGCAUAUGUGAAGCCUGUGGUGGCACAACCAGCCCCUUCUAUUGGUGGUAUUGUGCCCAAGAGUUCAUAUUCAAGUGAUGAACACUUUACUGUGGACAGCUUCUUGCAUUCAUUGGGCUUGGAAAAAUAUGCCAUCUGUUUUAAGGCAGAGGAAGUGGACAUGACUGUGUUAAGGCAGAUGGGAGACAAUGACCUCAAAGAAUUGGGAAUUCCUAUGGGGCCAAGGAAGAAAAUUCAGCUUGCCUUGCUUUCACGUUCCAAGCGACAAUUGUGAUGGAAUAUAGUUAAAAAGACUCGGAUAGAGUUGGUGCAUUACCGCAGUUACCUCAUCAUUGGAAGAUCUAUUGCGCUAAUUUGACACUGAGCAUUUCCUUCCCCAGUUAUGAGCUGAGCUGUUAAUGUUUUGUAAAUUUUCAGUGUCCGACUGCAAGGUUUCAUAUUGUCAAAUCUGUAUCUGUUCUUAGCACAUUGCCUCCGUGCCCAUUGGCUUGUGGGCUAUCAGGGUUGGCAUGCCUCAGGAAACUAAAUCAAGCAGCAGCAGGAUCGCUUUCUUUUUGUUUUUGUUAUUACCAUUGAACAUUCUAAUAUAUGCCCCAGAAUAGUACCUUUCAUCUCAACUGUAUGGUCCAGAAACAGAUUUGCACUUCUGGAAUAUGAACCGGUUAGUGGCUAGAGCCAGAGAAUAUUUUGGUGUAAACUCAAAGUACUGAUACCCUCAGUACUACUAGAAGGCUUGAAGAAGAGUUUAAAAGGACAUAAAAAGUUGUUUUUGUAUGCCUUUCAGACAGCCACCAAUCCAACAUUAUUGGAGCCCUACAGGUAAUCUGAUGGCAACCUCUCCCUCCGUUUGUAGUGGAGUCCAACUGCCAUUAGAAUUGUUAUAAUUAUCAACCACUUUUCUUAUAGUAUUCAACUUGCUUUUAUA